GGGGUCGUUUCCUGCCGGGAGGCGGCCCCACGCCGCUGAGUCUCCUCCUCCCGCCCGAGAGGAGGAGGCGGAGCCGCCGCCGCCGCGCCCGAGCCCGAGCCCGAGCCCGGGAGGCCAAGCCAGCCCUAGGGACAGGCCGAGCGGGAGCCGCGGAGCACAGGCUGGACGCCGCGGGAGAAGAUGAAUUUACAACUGACUUUCUGGAUUGGAUUGAUCAGUUCAGUUUGCUAUGUGUUUGGCCAAGCAGAUGAAAAUAGAUGUUUAAAAGCAAAUGCCAAAUCAUGUGGAGAGUGUAUACAAGCAGGGCCCAAUUGUGGAUGGUGCACCAAUUCAACAUUUUUACAAGAAGGAAUGCCUACUUCUGCUCGAUGUGAUGAUUUAGAAGCCUUAAAAAAGAAGGGCUGUCAUCCAGAUGACAUUGAAAAUCCCAGAGGCUCCAAAGAUAUAAAGAAAAAUAAAAAUGUCACCAACCGUAGCAAAGGAACAGCAGAGAAGCUGCAGCCAGAAGAUAUUACUCAGAUCCAACCACAGCAGUUGGUUUUGCAGUUACGAUCAGGGGAGCCACAGACAUUUACAUUAAAAUUCAAGCGAGCUGAAGACUAUCCCAUCGAUCUCUACUACCUUAUGGACCUCUCCUACUCUAUGAAAGACGACUUGGAGAAUGUGAAAAGUCUUGGAACUGAUUUGAUGAAUGAAAUGAGGAGGAUUACUUCAGACUUCCGAAUUGGGUUUGGCUCAUUUGUGGAGAAAACCGUGAUGCCUUACAUUAGCACAACACCAGCUAAACUCAGGAACCCUUGCACAAGUGAACAGAACUGCACCAGCCCAUUUAGCUAUAAAAAUGUGCUCAGCCUUACUGAUAAAGGGGAGGUAUUUAAUGAACUUGUUGGUAAACAGCGCAUAUCUGGAAAUUUGGAUUCUCCAGAAGGUGGCUUUGAUGCAAUCAUGCAAGUUGCAGUUUGUGGAUCUUUGAUUGGCUGGAGGAAUGUGACACGGCUGCUGGUGUUUUCCACGGAUGCUGGGUUUCACUUUGCUGGAGAUGGGAAACUUGGUGGCAUUGUUUUACCAAAUGAUGGACAGUGUCACCUGGAGAAUGAUGUGUACACAAUGAGCCAUUAUUAUGAUUAUCCUUCUAUUGCUCACCUUGUCCAAAAACUAAGUGAAAAUAACAUUCAGACGAUUUUUGCAGUUACUGAAGAAUUUCAGCCCGUUUACAAGGAACUGAAAAAUUUGAUCCCUAAGUCAGCAGUAGGAACAUUAUCUGCAAAUUCUAGCAAUGUAAUUCAGUUGAUCAUCGAUGCAUACAAUUCCUUGUCUUCAGAAGUCAUUUUGGAAAACAGCAAAUUACCAGAAGGAGUAACAAUAAAUUACAAGUCUUACUGCAAGAAUGGGGUGAAUGGAACAGGGGAAAAUGGGAGAAAAUGCUCUAAUAUUUCCAUUGGGGAUGAGGUUCAAUUUGAAAUCAGCGUAACUUCAAAUAAAUGUCCAAAUAAGAAUUCUGAAACCAUUAAAAUUAAGCCUCUGGGCUUCACUGAAGAAGUAGAGAUUAUUCUUCAGUUCAUCUGUGAAUGUGAAUGCCAGAGUGAAGGCAUCCCUAGCAGUCCCAAGUGCCAUGAUGGCAAUGGGACCUUUGAGUGUGGAGCCUGCAGGUGCAACGAGGGACGUGUUGGGAGACAUUGUGAAUGUAGCACAGAUGAGGUGAACAGUGAAGAUAUGGACGCUUACUGCAGGAAAGAGAACAGUUCAGAAAUAUGUAGCAACAACGGAGAAUGUGUCUGUGGACAGUGUGUGUGUCGGAAGAGGGAUAAUACAAACGAAAUUUAUUCUGGCAAAUUCUGCGAGUGUGAUAAUUUCAACUGUGAUAGAUCCAAUGGCUUAAUUUGUGGAGGAAAUGGUGUCUGCAAGUGUCGUGUGUGUGAAUGCAACCCUAACUACACUGGCAGUGCCUGUGACUGUUCUCUGGACACUACCUCCUGCAUGGCUGUGAAUGGGCAGAUCUGCAAUGGCCGGGGCGUCUGUGAGUGUGGCGCCUGUAAGUGUACAGAUCCCAAGUUCCAAGGGCCGACCUGUGAGAUGUGCCAGACGUGCCUUGGAGUCUGUGCCGAGCAUAAGGAAUGUGUUCAGUGCCGAGCCUUCAACAAAGGAGAAAAGAAAGACACGUGUGCUCAGGAAUGUUCACAUUUCAACAUUACCAAGGUUGAAAAUCGGGACAGGUUGCCCCAACCAGGCCAGGUGGAUCCCCUGUCCCAUUGUAAGGAGAAGGACGUUGACGAUUGCUGGUUCUACUUCACAUAUUCAGUGAAUGGGAACAAUGAGGCCACUGUUCAUGUUGUAGAGACUCCAGAGUGCCCCACUGGUCCAGACAUUAUCCCAAUUGUAGCAGGUGUGGUUGCUGGAAUUGUUCUUAUUGGCCUUGCAUUGCUGCUGAUUUGGAAGCUUUUAAUGAUCAUUCAUGACAGAAGGGAAUUUGCCAAAUUUGAAAAGGAAAAAAUGAAUGCCAAAUGGGACACGCAAGAAAAUCCAAUUUACAAGAGUCCUAUUAAUAAUUUCAAGAAUCCAAACUAUGGACGUAAAGCUGGUCUCUAAGUUGCCGUUCGGUGAAAAUCCUAUUUAUAAGAGUGCUGUGACAACUGUUGUCAAUCCGAAGUAUGAGGGAAAAUGAGCGCUGCCAGUGCGUAUCCACAACACUGAGUGCAAAGUAGUAAUUCCACACCCACAGUAAGGUAGUUUCAGGGCAGUGUUGCUGUGGUUCUCUCUUGGGCAGGUUCUGAAAAUGUACAAUAUGUAUAAUUUGAAAAUUUUUUUAUUAUUUUGAAAAUAAUGUUAUAAUCAAUGCCAGGGACUGACAGAAGACUUGAGACAGGAUGGUUAUCCUUAUCAUCUAAGGUUGCAUUGUGCCUUUUUGACCUUUUCCUCCUGGACUGUUGAAAUCCAGCUCUUAGUGGAUUAAGCGAUAUUUCUAGAGUGAUUGAAAGGGCAGUAGUUAAAGUAAUGAGUAUGAUGAGAGUUUCUCUUAAUCAAGUAUUAAAACUGAUUUCUUGCUUUGCAGAUAUGUCACUUUUCAGUUAUACAGAAUCCAAAGUGAAUGUCCUUCUAGCUAGUUUAGAAUUGUUUUAAAUUUGUUAUUUUGUUAUUUUCCUUAUUAGACAUGACUGAUAACAUGAUGUAUCUGAAAGAUGAGUAUGUUGGGAGUUGCUUGUGUAAAAUAAUGAAAUGUUUGAUCUACAAAGGCCAUGGGAAAAGUCAGAGAGUUAGGAAGGGAAAACAUAGCUUUAAAACCUGUGUGCCAUUUCAAGAGUUACUUAAUCUUGGUAACUUUUAUGCCUUCUUUUUUUAAAUUCAAGCCUUGUUUAAAAGUAUUGGGGAAUUUUCUGCAAAAAAAAAGUCCUUGAUUUAUAUAAAGGCCUUAAUUUACAUAGUAUUUGCUGAAUUGGGGACCUCUGGGUGAAUUUAUUUUAUUCAUUUUAUUUUGUUUAAAGCCUGGUGCUUUUUAUCACCUCUUCUAAUCUUUUAAUGUAUUUGUUUGCAAUUUUGGGUAAGACUUUUGUUAUCAGUACUUUUUCAUUGAUGUUUUAGCUGUACAUUUGCCUUUUUAAUGACCAUGUGAAAUUGUACUAUGGCUUAUGCAACAGCCAUCAGUUAAGUAAUUCUUAAUUUCAAUUAGUGAUGUAACAGACCACUGUAUAUUUACUUCUCACUGUUUGAAUUUCCUGUUUGGUUUCAUACUAGCCACAUUCUAUUUUAAGUGCCUUUUAAUUUUAACAGUUCACUUUUUACAAUGCUAUUUACUGAAGUUAUUUAUUAAAUAAAAAUGCCUAAAAUAUUUAAA